CCGUUCGCGGUACACAUCAGCACUAUUUGUAGCUGUGCAAGAGCACGCAGACCAACGCAGACGUGACGAGUGUGCGAUGUGAUGCGAUGUGACACGAUGGGAAAGUACAACUGACCUCUGAAAGCACGAGAAGGAUGAGCGAGCAUUUGGGAAAUAGUCAUGGGACUAUUAGUGAGGACUGAACCGAGACUGUAAAAUCGGAUUCAUCGUGUGACUUGACGAUCAAUUCCCCGAUUGAUCGCUCGCCUGCCCUUCAACAACGUGUCCGAACACGUUCGUCGAACUCGCCGACGAAACGUGGGGACCGCUUUGUUGUUUUUCAGAACUGUUCGGGAGACACGUUCAUGAUGAUCGUCGAUGAUCCUCGAUAAAGGCGAGCUUAAUCUGAACCUGAACCGAUCCUGUGAUCGACAAUUUUUGCACUAUGACAAUCAAUCGAUCUAUCGUUCAACUAAUUAAUUAACGUUUUUUUUAUCUCCGUUGUCGCACGCGAAGGAUACAGAGUAUGCUGUUAAUUCUCAACGUGUCGGAGUUCAGAGUUGUUUAAGCCUUUUGCAAAGCAUAUCGAAGAGGCGGCGACAUGUUCCGGGACGCUCAGAAAAUCGUCGUGGAGGACGGGCUCGCCCCGUCCGCGCCGUAUGUCAUAAACGUCCGAAUGGAGGACCUGUUGGAGAAGCUGAAGCUGUUGAACUACGACGCGGAAUUCGUGCAGGAGCUAAAAAUGAAACCGAUCAAUAGGCAUCACUUUGUAAUUCCAACGAAUCCCGGCGAGCAAUUUUACACGUUCACUUGCCUGGCCGUGUGGCUGAUUAGGAGAGUGGGGAGGAGCUUCGAAAUGCCGCAAGAAUCGGACGAUCCCAAUUCCACGAUAGCCCUGAUCUUGGAUUAUCUCAGGGAGAUCGAUAUACCCGUGGAGUUCCCGCCAAACAAACUUAAGCAGGGCAGCGGUGAGCACGCGGUGUACGUUUUGGAUAAUUUGGCUGAUAACGCUUUGAAAGUGGCAGAAUUCAAGUGGAAAAGGGUGAAUAUUCCGCCUGACGAGCCCACCCCGGAACCAGAAAUCGAGGACGACGACGCGGAGUUGAUCUUGGAGAAAGUGGAGGAGGAAAUGAUGGCCGAAUAUGACGACGAGGAGGAUCAGGACAUCUUACACAUAGAUGACAUUACGAAGCUUUACGGGCAAAAUGCUAGCGAGACGCAAAAGCUGGACAGCAUUUUGGAGUCUACGACUAACAGGGAAGAGUGGCAAUUGGAAUUGGAAAAGGUUCUACCCCGUUUAAAAGUGACCGUUAAGACAGACUCGAGAGACUGGAGAGCGCAUCUCGAGCAGAUGAAACAAUUGCGCGGGAAUAUCGCGACCAAUCUGAGCGGUACGAAGACGCACUUGAGCAAAAUCUACACCGACAUCGGGAAUACCUUGGACAAGAUCAAAACUAGAGAAACCUACCUCAACAGGCAGCUCGAGCCGUCCUUAACGGAAUACCGCUCGCUGCAAGAAGACUUGUCGAAAGUCAAGGAGCAGUACAGAGACGUUAGCGGCGGCGUUACCGAACGAACGCGAGCUCUUAAUAAAUUAAUGGAGGAGCUGGAACACGUGAAGAGAGAGAUGGACGAGAGAGGAUCCAGCAUGACGGACGGCACGCCGCUCAUCAAUAUAAAGAAGACGAUCACGAGGAUGAGGAACGAGAUCGCCGAGAUGAACAUUCGUAUCGGCGUGCUGGAGUACAGCUUGAUGUGCGCGCGAGUACGGGAUCGCACGCAGCUGCGAGAGGACAUGAACAGCACGAGUACCUCCGUAAUAAUUUAACGCACGUCGCGCGCGUUUUCUGCUAUUCGUAUUCGCACGCUUUAAUCCGUCCGGCACGUGUAAUGUCACGUGCGAAUGUCUAGUCACGAGUAUUGUCAACACGGGUCCAAUUAUUCCGCCUCUGUCGCGGUUGCGACGUACGCAAACUGGAACCGCAAGGUUCCGCCGCGGUAAUUACACGGAUUUACACACUUUGUACGUUUAUACUUAGCUCGCAAUUGCGAACAUUGUGAUUGUCUGUUGACACCGUCACCGAGUUUGAAUUAAAUAAAGAGAGCUCUUCAUUUUUUAUUUAUUAAUCUCAA